AUGGCCUAUCUCACGCUGCCGCCGGAGUUUGUUCCGGAAGCGAAAACCGUCAUCAAUUGGGUCAUGUCGUUCACGCCGCUGGUGUCGUACGGAACGACCUUGCUCAGCAUCCGCCGCAAAAAGUCCUCCAAGGGGUUUUCUAUAGACAUCUGUGCGACGAUGCUCAUUGCAUCUACACUUCGGAUCUUCUACUACAUUAACGAGCCGUUCGAGAUCAGUCUUCUUAGACAGUGCUUUGUCAUGAUCUUCAUACACGUCCUCUUGCUGAGGGUGGCCAUCAAAUACAGAGACCCUGGCGAGACGGCGUAUUUGCGGUACGACGAGUCUUGGCCGGAGUUUUUCAGGUCGGCGUGGAAUGCCACGGACGAGGGCUCUGUUUAUGGCGACGCUUUAGAAAAAGCCUCGAACGCGGCUGUGCAAUAUGCCAGACGGGUAUCUGACUUUUGCGGCCGGCUUUUGCUACGGUUACUGUUUCUGUACGACGCCCGCUACAUCAGGCCGUUCAGGUUCUGGCAGUGGGACGAGUAUUCGCAGUACAUGCAGUUCCUCGGGGGGUUAGUGCUGAGCUUGACUGCUGUCCAGCUCGUAUUUGGCAGGACCGAGUGGCUGGGGCUGGUGUUUGGAUCCUGCUCGUUUCUGAUAGAGAGUACGUUGCCGCUGCCGCAGAUCCUGCUGUUCCAGCGGUCGAGGACCGUGGAAAACUUCAAAACCAUACUUCUGCUCAGUUGGCUGGGUGGAGACCUCACGAAAAUCAGCUACCUGGUGUACGGCACAGAUAACGUGGGUUUUAUCUUUGUGGCUGCUGCUGUAUUCCAGAUGAGUCUGAACUUGGUCAUCACAUACCAAUUCUUCUACUUCAAACACAUGGACACCGUUAAUUUGCAGCAGGUGCUUCCGCUGAACCAGGUCAAAGAGGAGAUCCCGAUGGACGAGUUCCGUGUUCCAGCCACAUUUUCUGCCCCUUCGAGCCGCGACCUGUUUUCUCCGAUUUCAUCGUCGCAGUUCCCGUCUCCGGCCACCACGCCGAUCCUGAACCCUAAAAUCGACCAUUCGCGUUCCAGAUCAAGCACGUUCGCCGAGCAUGAAGCGAAAAUCAACAAGAGUCUGCGCAAGGCGAGCCUGAGCAGCAGCGUCAACCUGGAGACGAUGAAGAAACAGAGCAGCAAACUAAAUCAUUAACAUACAAACAAUGAAGGUAUACCUGUCAUCACUCAGACAUUAUUCAUUUUUUCCGUUUCUAGUCUCUCUUCGUUGAUCUUCCACCAGAACUCGAACGUCCCCGUCUCGUCGUUAAAAGUGUCCCUGCUCACCUCCCAGGGCUUGGGGGUGAUGAUGUAGUGGAUAUUUUUGAUUUCGUCGAUGUCCCAAACAUCCGCGUGGCAUUUUUUUAGGGUUUUCAGACAGUUGUACUUGUACGACAGUCCCAGCCAACGAUUGCAAAACACGUCCGAGAGCAGCUCCUGGUCUGGAAAGUCGUACGACGCCGUUUUUUCCGGCUGCGAUAGCGUUUUCAGUAUUUCGUUAUAAUUGUCCAUGUCGGGUUUCACAAUCAGCAGGCCCCCGUUGCAGGCCUUAAGUCCAUACCGUGCGUCCGGACCUUUGAUGUGGCGGAAUUCGUCGUCUUUGCGGACGGAUUCCUCGAUAUUCGCGUGGUAAUUGGUGUACGCGCAAUUUUUCGGGAUCCAGUUUCUCGGAUAGUGCUCCAAUUUCAAAGGGUUGCACACACACGCUGGGCUGGCGGCAAAGGCAAUGUGGUCGUCAAGGUGCAAGUCCAUCAGCUCGUCUAUGUUGCGGAUCACAACCAUAUCAGAGUCCAAUUGGAUGACUCUUUGAAACUGCGUGAGCUUGAACGGCUGUAACUUGGACCAGGUAUCGUAGAACCUGGAGUCGUGGCCAAACUCCUUCGACUUGGUGGGGAUCAGUGGAUCGACCUGCAUGAUAGCGAUUCCUCGCCGGCAGAUCUCCAAAACCGACUUGGGGUCCAGCUGCGACGUGUACAAGGCAAUUAGGGGAUAUUUGGAUUGCGCCCUUUUCAGUGAGAAGUCCAGAGUCAGCAGACCCUCGAGGUACUUCCUGUUUGUGAUCAAGGUCGACCACACCUUGGAGUGCAUUGACACGUCAGUGUCGGCCGGAUAGAUAUCGUCGGCGG